ACUCCGCCCUGAAACAGCAGCGGCACCAUUUUGUUUCAUCUUGCAUUACAGUCGACGGUUCACGGGAUAGAAAGAAAAAAUAAAAUAAGAAAGAAUAGGUCUGCAAUCUUCCUGGGGUAGCAAAUUAAACUAAAACUGUCGACAUGAGCGGAUGUCGUAUCUUCAUCGGCCGCCUGAGCCCGUCGGCCCGAGAGAAGGAUGUGGAGAGGUUUUUUAAAGGAUACGGCCGCAUUCGGGACAUUGACCUAAAGAGAGGCUUCGGCUUCGUGGAGUUUGAUGAUCCCAGAGAUGCUGAAGAUGCUGUGUAUGAACUCGAUGGUAAAGAGUUGUGUAAUGAAAGGGUCACCAUUGAGCAUGCUCGUGUGCGUCUGCGGGGGGGCCGCGGGCGAGGAGGUGGUGGCGGCGGCGGAGGACGUUUCUCUGACCGCUACGGUAGAGGUUCCCAAAACAGUCGGAGCCGAAAUCCUCCUCCGAUGCGCACUGAGAACCGUCUGAUUGUGGAAAACUUGUCCUCCCGCGUCAGCUGGCAGGACCUGAAGGAUUUCAUGAGACAAGCUGGAGAGGUGACAUUCGCAGAUGCACAUCGCCCAAAACUCAACGAAGGGGUGGUUGAGUUUGCCUCUCAUAGUGAUCUGAAAAAUGCCCUUGAAAAACUGUCUGGAAAGGAAAUCAAUGGAAGGAAAAUCAAACUUAUUGAAGCUUCCAAGAAGAGGUCGAGAAGCCGUUCCCGUUCGGACAGCUCGUCCCGCUCGCGCUCCCGUUCCCGCGGCCGCUCCCAGUCCUGCUCUCCCAGACGUUCCCGAAGUCCCGCCAAGGCCCACCACCGCUCCCGCUCCCGCAGCGGCACGCCGGCGCGCGGCGCCUCCUCGCCUAGCCCCAAGUCAAAGGACCCCAAACGCUCGUCCAAAAACAGCAAAUCAGUAACACCGUCCUCGCCGCCGCCGGCUCAGAGGUCGUCCAGAUCCCGCUCUCGUUCAAGAUCCCGCUCACGCUCCCGUUCUCGCUCCAGAUCUCCAAGAUCCCGCUCUCCUUCUACUGACAGUCAACGCUAAACUGGCUUAAAAAACAAAAGCAUCUAGAAAACUCCCGUUGCCUCCUGGGAAAGCAGAGAGGUGAGGUUUUGUUUCAGAUUUUUGUUUCCUUUUUGGAUUGUUCUUGUGACUGUCCUCAAGUUAUUUUUUACCAACACAAAC